AUGUCCCUUGCGAUCCUCUCAUUUUUCAUGCUUUCGCUGCUAGCGGUGGUGUCAAAACCUAACGCUGGUGAAGCAGCUGGGGAUAACUGCCCAUUCACCCGCCACAUAAUGGAGAACAUAGGUGGCGUUUUAGACUAUGGGUCUCGUGUUGGAAAAGAGCAGAAAGUCGCAAUGAAGAUGGCUGUUGAAGACUUUGCUCGCUCAAGUUGCUCUAAGCAGCUGGUCUUGCAACUUGAAGAUUCACGUGGAGACUCGGCUAAAGCUGCGUCUUCUACCCAAAUAUUUGUCGCCAAUAACAGGCCCCCUUAUGUCAUUACUGCAGCAAUUGAGCUUGUUAGUAGCAAAGCGAAGGCGAUCGUGGGAACAAUGACAGCUCAAGAAACUGGCUCUCUCUCCAAGAUUGACAGAAACAUCAAGGAUAUUCCUAUAGUAUCUUUAACUUCACCUGCAAUAACCCCACCUUCGAUAGCGCAUCAAUUGCCAUAUUUCCUUCAAAUGAGUGACCACAUCACCCUCCACAUUCAAUGCAUAGCUGCCAUUGUAGGUCAGUUCAAGUGGAGGAAAGUGACAGUGAUAUAUGAAUCAAAAAAUAGUUUCUCUGCUUAUUCUGGAAUCUUAGCUCUCCUAUCUGACAUGCUCAAAGCUGUCAACACAGACAUCGAACACCACUCAACUUUACCUUCCAUGCCUUUUCUAUCAAACCCAGAAGUCCUUAUUGAACAAGAGCUUAUAAAUCUGAGGAGCAGGAGCAACAGGGUUUUCAUAGUUAUAUUAUCUUCUUUAGAAAUGGCUGUCCUGCUGUUUGAGAAAGCAAAGCUGUUGGGGAUGAUGGAGAGAGGUUAUGUUUGGAUUGUCACGGAUGAGAUAGCAAGCCUUCUUGACUCUGUGGAUUCUUCUGUUGUCAAAAACAUGCAAGGUGUAAUUGGUUUUAGAACCGGAUUUGUACACACUAGCAAGCCUUUUAAACGGUUUAGAUCUAGAUUUCGCAGCGAGUAUCGAUCAGAGUAUCCAGAAGAAGAAGAAUACUGUAAUCCGAGUAUAUUCGCUCUUCGUGCUUAUGAUGCAACUUGGGCUAUUGCUCAAGCUAUGAAGAAAUCACCAGGAGAUAUAAGCUCAGAAAAAUUAUCCAAAGGCAUCUUAUCCAGCAAAUUUAGAGGUCUGAGUGGCGUAAUAAGGUUUAAGAACAAUUUUUUGAGCCAAUUACCUUCAUUUCACAUCAUUAAUGUUGUAGGUAACAGCUAUAGAGAGAUGGCAGUUUGGUCACCAGAACUCGGUUUUUUAAAGAACCAAGAGAAAGAUAAUGGGGUGAAUGCCAGCAGUUCUUUGGAAGACUGGGGAUCCAUUUAUUGGCCUGGUGGAAAGCGCAAUGUUCCGAAGGGAUGGGUGAUUUCUGAGACAGAUAAACCUUUGAAGAUAGGAAUUCCUGCUAGCGGUGCUUUUCAUCAAUUUGUGAGGAUGUGUUUUGACCAGGCCAACAAUAGAACUUGUGCCACGGGGUUCUCAAUUAAUGUAUUUGAAGCAACUGUGAAGCGUCUCCCCUAUAACUUGCAUUUUGUGUUCGUUCCUUUCAAUGGCACAUACGAUGAGAUGGUGGAGCAAGUUUAUCACAAGGACUUGGAUGCAGCUGUUGGUGACUUUUCAAUAGAGCCCGGACGAUUUCAGUUUGCAGAAUUUUCUCAGCCAUACAUUGAUUCCAGACUCAUCAUGAUAGUAAUAGGGAAAUCAGCCAAGUCCAAGAUAACAUGGAUGCUGAAAACCUUUACCACAAGGUUGUGGCUGCUAAUGGCAGCGAUGCAUAUGUUCAUAGGAUGCCUAGUAUGGAUAAUUGAACGCGGGAACAACAAUGAAUUCGAAGGAAUCGGGGCUAUGUUGUGGUUUUCUGUCACCAUAAUAUUCUAUGCACAAGGGCAACCUCUUAGAAACAAUUUAGCUCGAGUAGUGGUGGCACCAUGGUUAUUUGCGAUUCUCGUCAUCACGGCAACCUUUACAGCUAACCUCUCCUCAAGGAUGACUGUCUCACGGCUAGAACCAUCAGUUUUGGAUAUUGAAACACUAAUGAAAACAAACGCACCUGUUGGUUGCAAUGGGAACUCCUUUGUUGUGCGAUAUUUGACUAACGUUUUGCAUUUCAAGCCAGAAAAUAUCAGAAAGUUCUAUUCAGAAAGCGAUUACCUAGAAGCCUUUGAAACUGGAGAUAUCAAAGCAGCAUUCCUUGUUGAGCCACAUGCAAAAGUCUUCCUGGGAAAAUACUGCGAGGGAUACACAAGAGCAGAGCCUACAUUUCAGUUAGGCGGUUUUGGCUUUGUUUUUCCAAAGGGCUCUCCUCUGGUUCUUGACAUGUCGGAGGCAAUCCUGAAAGUUGUUGAGAGUGGAGAAAUGCAACAAUUGGAAGAGAUGCUAGCCUCUUCCAAUUGCUCCUCUAAAGCGUUAAGGGAUAACACGAGCUUAGAUCUCAAGCCUUUUGCUGGGCUAUUCAUAUUAUCCGGUAGCUCUUCAGCCUUUGGAUUCCUAGUUGCUAUUUUGCGUAUGGGAAGCAAUCUGCAGAUCCUGAGCUACAUUCAAACACUAUUAACAAAAAGGCGGAUUUGGAGAUGGGCAAGGAUUCAUUUGUCCAGAGAAAAUUCCACCGUCCCAAAAACCAACGACCACGUUCAGACUUCUACAAGUGUAGAGCUAGCAAAUUUUGCCCACUAG